GCCGCUGCUGAGCGCGGCUCUGGGGCCGGAGCAGGCAGAGAUCCGCGAGGAGCCGCUCCUGCCGUGGCCACAGCACCUGCGGCGGCGGGGAGGGCGCGGGGCUUGUGCUGGCGGCUGCCCUUUUCCCCCAUCCACACUUGCGACCUUGCCCCCUUCCUCCAUACCGACCCCCCCAAAACCCUCCACAGAAAGAGGGUCUCGGCGCUCGGCCCCCGACCACAUGCACCACCCGUCCGGCCGCUCGGCUCCCCGGCGUUAAUGUCCAUCUCGGGUCCGACGAGACCAGCUCAGAGGGGCCCGUGUUGGAAGGAGAUCUAAGAUGAAGUUAUGGGAUGUUGUGGCUGUCUGUGUGGUGCUGCUCAACACGGUCUCCACCUCGCCCCUGCCCACUGGUAAGACGCCUCUCAAGGGGCCCCCUUCAGUGGUAGAGGGGCCUGAAGACGAUCUCUCCCCCAUCAGCCUGCUGCCUCCCUAUGCUGUGCACAGUGACUCUAACAUGCCAGAGGAUUAUCCAGAUCAAUUUGAUGAGGUAGUGGACUUUAUUCAAGCCACUAUUAAAAGACUGAGGAGGUCACCAGAUAAACAGACCCCAAUUUUUAAUAGGCGGGAGAGAAACCGGCAAAACGCAGCCACAAACACAGAGAAUACCAGCAAAAAGGGGAGGAGGAAUCAAAAGGGAAAAAAUCGGGGAUGUGUCUUAACAGAAAUACAUUUAAAUGUGACUGACUUGGAUUUGGGAUAUGAAACCAAAGAAGAGCUGAUUUUCCGGUAUUGCAGUGGAUCUUGUGAUGCAGCCGAGACCACGUACGACAAGAUUUUAAAAAACUUAACCAGAAAGAAGAAACUAGUCACUGACAAAGUGAAGCAGGCCUGUUGCAGACCCACAGCCUUUGAUGAUGACCUGUCCUUUUUGGAUGAUAACCUGGUUUACCACAUACUGAAAAAACAUUCCGCAAAAAGGUGUGGAUGUGUCUGACUGCUGCACGCCAGAGGCAGCGCCUGUUUUGCAUUCCUGCUAUGACGCAAAAAUAGGGACCAAGGUUCCUGGGGAUAUGUCUGCUCAGAGCAGAAAAAAGGACCAAGAAUGCAGAACGAGGUGUUGUGAGAGCCUGGGGAGGGCGCGAGGCGGCAUAGGAGGAUGGAGGCUUUUGACGUCCUACGGGAAAGUACAUAAAAGCUCAGGUGGAGAUGCUGACGGCUGGAUGGCAUGCGUGCUCCCUUUCCCGUUUGACACAGUUCACCAUCAGUGGGACUCGGAUCCAUGAGGAAUGUGCUUAAAAACACAACCCUGCCAUACCAUGUUGUGUUGUAACUAUACCAUCUGUGCCAGGAAGCUUAGCCAAGAAGUAGUUUAGGAAUACCUUACUCAUCCCCUGUGCCCUCAGCUUUACUGAAAGACACAUUGUGCUACUGCUCAUUGAAGGGUGGUUCUUAAGCGCUUAGGACAACCUCAAAACUAUAAUAAGAUUAACAUUGUAAGUAAGAUGAUAUCAGGCAAAUAUCAAAAUCUCAAGGCUCAAGUUCUCUAGGGCCAGUACUGAUAUGAAACAAAACAGUUCCACUUACUGGUUAAGUUUGAUUAUUUCCAUCUCAUGUUUUUGCAAAAGGAGUGUAGGAUUUCAUUCUUCUGCUACCUAUGAAAACAAGUUGAGUUUUUAAGCACUUCUUCCUAGUAUAGUAAGACAAGUAACAAGCCCCAUCUAGACAAAAUGUGUUUCUUUUGGUUUACAAAGGACUAACGUCACUUGCGUAACUACAUUUCUAUUUGGUCAUUGUGAGUGAGCAGAGACUACUGAUGCAAUGCAUCCAUUCAGAGACAUAAAUAUACAGAAGAUAUUUAUUGAGAUUAAGUUAUUGUUAUUUAUUACAGUUCAGUAAUGAGUCUCCUUUCCUUAUUUAUUAAAGAUUCUUUUCAAAGGUGCCAAAGUAGAAGGUGCUUGGAAGACACAGAGAGACAAUGAAGUUGGGAGCAACAGUCCAUGCUUUUGAUUGAAAUAGUUAAUUUGAAUGCAAAAAAUCACUUACUUUACCUUUUUUCUUUAAAACAAAAUCCUGAUUGUGUUCACAAAAUGUAAUGCCAAAGCCUGCAGCCCUUCCUCCUGUUCACUAAUACUGCAAAAAUUACUGCAGUUAUACAUGUGCAGGAGCAGCAACAGCUCUGGACAAGCAAGGGUCGCAGGACUUGGCUCAACGUUAGCAAUUUGUUAGAAGAACUAAUUCUAGUCAUAUUUUAAAUGUAGCCACAUUUUUUUUCUCACAGUUUUUGCCAACUGACCUCACAUAACUAUUGACAAAUGGAAAAUAAUCACAUUUAGCAUUAUAAUUUCUUUUUGUAUUUAUUUAAGCUUUUCCUUCCGUAUUUCCAUAUAGAAGAGGUUAAAUCCCUCUUAUUAGUUAGCCCUGGAUUUAAUAUAGCCUGCAGGUAAACAAUUGUGUUAAAUAACCAAAGUGUUUUGUAUAAUUUGCUGAAACAUACCCACACAGGAGAACAGUUUGAAUUUUCUUAGGAUGAGGGAGGUUGUAGAGCAAAGGCAUUCAUAAUGCAAGCCCUAGUUCUGGAGACUUUUUUCCUGAAGGAGCAGCAAUGCAGGUCACCAGUCAUACCUGAAAACCAGUGAAGCGUCAACUCCCACAAAAACAACAGGGAGAAAAAAAAAAUCCCUACUGAAACCCAAAAAAACAAUGGUCUGACCUUUUAUCUCAUGCAUGCAAUGGCUCUCUAUAUUCAUUUUAUCCUGGGGCCCUCAGGGCACCACGAAGAAGGGUCCAGAGGUCAAGGAAGUUGAAAACAGGCAUAGAAAGAUGUGCAAAGUGUAUGAAAUGUAAUUCAGCCCUGGCCUCCUCUGCUUUCCUGGGUGACGGAGGGCAGGCGCAGAGCCCACCUGCAGGGUUCGUUCUUGCACUGCCAUGGGGAUACCUCACCCUCCGCGCUGGCCAGGGCUGGUACAGCUGGUACCACCAGCACUGGUAUGGUUUGGGCAGUAAAAGCCUGCUGAGUGUCAGCUGUGCUGCUGGGCAAUUGCCCAGAGGCAGCACUCAGCUGUACUUUUACUUGCCCCAAAGCAUUUUCUGUGCAGCUUGAAGAGGCUGUAAGAAAAGCAAAGCACUAUGUUCAAAAUACAAAAGGGUAAAGUUUGUGAUUUUUUUUUUAUCUUUUAGACCUUACUGAAGACAGGAGUGUGCUUCUCUGGAGUUUUUUACUUCACCUGCGAUUUAUGUCUCAAGUCAUUCGUGUUAAUCAACCAAAGUUCUCUACAGACUUUAUUUUUGUACAAUACUCAUUUUAUAACUUUUUACAAAAUAAAACUCGUUUCUAUUGUUA